UGUUUUCACGAGGAGUAGCUGUGUCGCCUAUCUCACCUGGCGUGGGGUGUACUGUUGUGCACUGGUGCUCUGGGUAGACGGAUGAGGGGAAACUCGCACAUGGUGGGUAGGAAGAUCACAACGUCUGAACUUUGGUCGGCUGACAGGCACUAGAGGAACAGCUGAAGCGGGCUUAGAUCGCUUUUGCCUAAGCUUUUACAUAUGUUGAGUUACAGUCUACAGCGUCAGCCUUACUAGUUUGAGGAAAAACUUGCAAGGGGGUGGACUCUGCUCUACUAGUCGUUUGUAACGUUAACACGCUACUCGUACAAAGCGUUAGCACGAAUCUGGAUAUAGAAACGAAGCGGGAGGGAGGUCGUGUGGGUUUGUGAUAACUGCCGGGUUGGGGAUUUGGGUUUUCAACUAGAUUUUACGGUUAAGACUAAGCUGGAUGUAAGUCCUGGUUUGCAAAUGGGAGCCUUUUUCCUGGCUUAUGUGUCUUGAGUUGUAUGGAUCUAAUAUCUAAUACCCUAUUGCAUAAGACAGGCAGCGCAAACACGAAUAGGAAUUUGAGGGAAAUUCCUGAUGGGUUGGGUUUUUUUUUUUUUUUUGAGAUGUUUGUUACUGCUCCGAAACCCAAAGGCAAAACAAACUUCCACAGUGUAGUAAGUAAAGUGAUGCAAAAAUAGAAACGGGCACUUCGGAUCUUUUCCGUAUGCAAGUACAACUGAAAAGUAAUAACCAUCCCCAAACACCCCAAACAGGUGAACUAUACUUUUACGUAACUUAUUGGUUGGUCUGAAACGGAACAUUUCAAUUGGCUAAGAAGACGUUUGCUCUGAUAGCCAUUAAGGAAGCGCUAGCAGAAGCUAUUAUUUGCAUAGACUCCACCCCCUGUAUGACGACCUUGUUGGAAAUUAACCAAUAAAAAUGCAGUCCUAUGCGAGCCUUCAUUUGCAUACGGGCUCUAUAAGUAGCGCGUAACGAAGCCGCUUGAAUGUAGUCCGGAUCGUUUCGGCUGUGUGGCGUUUCUUCUAGCAAAAAUGCCUGAUCCAGCGAAGUCGGCUCCCGCUCCCAAGAAGGGCUCUAAGAAGGCUGUUACGAAAGUGCAGAAGAAGGACGGCAAGAAGCGCAAGCGUAGUCGUAAGGAGAGCUAUUCCGUCUAUGUGUAUAAGGUGUUGAAACAGGUUCACCCGGACACCGGCAUCUCGUCCAAGGCCAUGGGCAUCAUGAACUCGUUCGUCAACGACAUCUUCGAGCGCAUCGCCGGUGAAGCCUCUCGCCUGGCGCAUUACAACAAGCGCUCGACCAUCACGUCCCGGGAGAUCCAGACGGCCGUGCGUCUGCUGCUGCCCGGCGAACUGGCCAAGCACGCCGUGUCCGAGGGCACCAAGGCUGUCACCAAAUACACCAGCUCAAAGUAAGGGCGUGCAAAGGACGCAACAGAACAGCUACUUUUACCCCAACGGCUCUUUUCAGAGCCACUUAACUUGUCACAGGAAGCGGCUGUCCACACUUGUUAAACGCUUGGGUGGCUUUUAGGUUGGGUGGGCUUGUGGUCUCAAAUAUUUGGGCAUGGGGUCAGGUUACGACUGAUCAAGCUUGCCCUGGUUAAGACCUGGAAUCUCCUAUAGUGCGGUGGUGUCCCCCUAGUGGCACGACUCUUCCUGGUAACAAAACUCGUCCUCAAAAAUGGUCUCUGCCUACUUCUAGAGGAAACUGAGGUACAGGUAACAGUAAGCAAAGUUGAUGCAGUUCUGGGUUUUUUUGAUUUCUGGCGGUGGGGUGCUGUUCUACUUUAUUAACGCUGUAUGUCAACACGAAACUUAGGCCAGCUGACGUUUGUUUUCCUUAGUAUACAGAUAGCUCUCUGGUCCCACUGUUUCUUAGUUCCAAUCUGUAACAAACGCUUCUAGGCGUUUGUCACAAAUGGUUUCCAAUAAAGUCUGCUUUAGUCUGUU